AUCCAGUCCUCGAUCUUGCGACCGCCCUCGGUUCGACUCGCCAACCCCGUCAACUACGUCCCUCGCAUCACCCCGGUGACCGUCCCCCAGUUCCAGUCGUCCGACGACAGCCUCCCGCUCGACGGCCACCGCGACGCAUACCCUCUCCUGACCAUCCCCGAACGCCGUCGCAGCCGCCCGACGCCGUCGCCGAACAGUCUGGUGGUGGAGCGCAGCCAGGGGGAAACGGAGAGCGGACGCUCCAGCAUCGCACUGCCGCGAGGCCAGAGGCGCAGCGGGACAUUUGACAAACACCCGCUGUCGGAAGAGAUGCCCGACUCGGCAUCGCAUGGCGCUCAGGAGGCAAAGGACCCCCGCCCCCCGGAGCAGGCGCAUUUGGGCCUGGAGUUCAUGCCCGACGGCCCAGGGCCCCUUCACGGGGACCGCCCGCGGCACAUCCAGUCGCAGUCCUCCCUGCGGUCCCAGUCGCACAUCGCGUCCGUCCCGUCCAAUCCGGGCCAUCCCAACGGCGGGGAAGCCGACGUGGCGGAGGAGUUGGCAUGGGGGCCCGCGCACCCGUGCUAUCCGCACAUCAACCCACACGUCUCGAUCGGAUCGGAGGAGUACUUGACGACCCGCGUAAUUCGCAUCCGACGCGACUGGAUGAUCAAGGGCGACCUUGCUCCGACGUUUUCCAACCUGUACCCCGAGAUCCUGGACCCGCUGCUCCCGGAACAAGAGUUCCGGAAGGUGAUCGCGAUGGUGAACGACGAGCUCGCCAAGGCGUUCGACCCGUUCAGCUUCCGCAACAUCCUCGACAGCGCGCUGAGCCUGUUGACAGGGUGGAUCUGGGAGGACAUCGGCGCGCCGGGGAUCAAAGGGCACCUGGCGCGGGUGGAAGCCUGGCUAGAGAGAUGGAACCGCGAGGUCGGGGCCAAGGACGGGGUACGCAUAUGGAGCCUCCGACGGACGGCGUACAUGUCGAUCGACAUCCAGAUCCCCGAUCCCAAGGUCGGGAUCAUCCGCAGCGAGGGGGGGCCAUCCCUUCCCGGCACGCGACCCAGCAGCGGUGUCUGAACCAUUCAUUGUCUGCGUCUUUUUCCUUCUUGUGUUUACUUUUCUACAUCUUUUAAUCGCCUCCUGGAUGCCCGACUUUCUGUCUACGGUCCCGGGUUCCUUAUGAUAUCCACGCCUGGUGAUACCGUCGAGCCACCUCGGAUGAUGGUUCUCUGUCGAUAUUUUGUUUCUUGUGUCUAUACCCUUCAGGCCUGCGUGU